AUGAGCCCCAGCGCCAUCGCAACUCCCCCAGAGGCUUCAGCCCUGGCUUCUCAGCCGAAGCUUGGUGAGCUCAGCUCAAAGGGAAUGUACAGAGACCUUGUUCCAGAAUGUGAACAGGGUCCAGUUCCGGCUGCCGAUGACCCUGUGAGAUUCACGCAGAAGGCCACCACCGCUCAUAUGGUGAAGGUGCGCUGGACUGCAGAGAAUGGCUGGGAAAAUGCAGAGAUGGUGCCCUACGGCAAGAUUUCACUUGAACCCACCGCAAGCGUCCUGCAUUAUGCUACUGAGACCUUCGAAGGCAUGAAGGUGUACCGUGGCUACGACAACAAGCUCCGCCUAUUCCGACCUCAGCUCAACUGUGCCCGCAUGCUCAGGUCUAACGCUAGAGUGGCCCUUCCAUCAUUCAGCCCCCAGGGACUUCUUGAUGUCAUAACUAACUACGUGGCGACCGAGUGUCCCCGUUGGUUGCCAGAGCCUGGUACCAAUCUCUACCUACGACCAGCUAUGAUUGGAAGUGGUGAGGCACUGGGAAUCAGCGUCCCAGCUGAGGCACUCUUCUUUCUUUUCGCAGCCUUGUUCCCACAAGCUUCCAAGGCGCCGCACCCUGGGGUCAAGCUACUGGCUAGUAGUUCCGAUAUUAUCCGCGCUUGGCCUGGAGGCUUUGGCAAUGCCAAGGUGGGUGCUAGCUACGGACCAGCUAUGGCGGCACAUGGCAGGGCUCGUGAGAAGGGAUGCGGUCAGACCCUCUGGCUCUUCGGACCCGAGAAGUACGUGACAGAGGCGGGGGCGAGCAACUUCUUUGUCAUCUGGAAAAGAAAAGACACACAACAGCUGGAACUAGUUACAAGUUCCCUCGAUACCGGAGUCAUUCUUCCCGGUGUAACUCGACAGAGUGUCUUGGAAAUCGCCAGGGAGAGGCUGGCGAAGGACACUGCAUCCCAAUGGUCUGACCUCGAGCCGCUGGAGGUUGUCGAGCGACCUUUGACUAUGGAUGAGAUCGCGGAGGCUCACUCUGACGGCCGUCUUGUUGAAUGUUUUGUCAGUGGAACUGCAAUGUUCAUAACUCCGGUUUCAUGCAUUCGGUACGAUGACGCAGACGUGUCUUUCCCUAUGACGGUUACAAGCGCCGGCACAAAGACUCCUUUGUGCCAGUAUUCCACAAAGAUCAAGUCUUGGCUAGAAGACAUCAUUUAUGGGCGUGUUGAACAUGAAUGGGGUCAUGUCAUUGAGGAGUAA